AUGGAUUCCCAUCCGCAUAGCUCGGUCUCGGGCCUCAGCAUUCCAACCCAUUCAAGCACCUCCACCACCCUGCGCUGCUGCUGUGGUCGCAAUGACUGUGCCCUGCUCGAGCAUAACAAUGUAGCCCUCGAGGGCUUGGAAAAAGAUCUCGAGACUGCCGCGAGGUUAGGUCAGGCCUUGCUUCACCGUCAUGAAAGUUACAUGGCUGAGGCGGAGGAGGACCGGCAUCGCUUAGUCGCCAGCAUCGAUGACCUGGAGCGCGAAAGGCAAGAAGUGCAGGCCGAAAACGCGCGCAUCAUCGAGGAGAAUCGCACUUUACUGGAGCAACUCGAUAACUUGAACAUAGCUGUCGCCGAGUCUGACAGUUAUGCCAAGACUCUCACCUCGAAUCUGGAGAGCACGCAGUCCGAAUUGCGCAGAUUGACGGCUGCUGCGGCGCGUGCAGCUGACCUUGAGGCGCAGCUUGCUCUUAUGGAGACGGAGCAAUCCAAGUUACAGGAGAGUCUUGUUUUGGCCCACGAAGACGAGCAAUCGGCAGUGCAGCGAUGGAGGAAAGCCGAAACAACACUACGCGACCUUCAUGAUCAGAUCGACCGCAUUGAGAAAGAAGCGCGCGAAGAGCGCGAGCGACAUACCGAGGUCGUUGAGCGUAUGGAGCGCAAGAGAGCCGUAGAGCGUGAGCUUGACAAUGCGGCGGGCCGUCUCAAAGGCGCUGCUGCCGCCUCCGAACUGAAGCGCAAUACCGGUGGCACGACUGUGGUCUCUCGCUUUGUCAAGGACAUCUUGCAGGACAACGCCAAUCUACAAGUCGGUAUUAUGGAACUACGCGAAAUGCUCAACACCUCGAAUGAGGAAGUUCAGAACCUGCGGGAUCAAGUCCUGUCUCAUCAGCCGCUGGCCGGUGUUGAUGAAGAAGAUAACCGGGAACCAAGUACAGUCACAACGUUAAGCGAGGAACUCGAAGCGAAAGAAGAACGCCGGGUAUCUCAGGAAUUCCACAUCCACCAUCAUCAUUACCACACACCCGGAAAGAAAGAGAAAGUCUCGAUCAAUCGUCGCAUGAAAAAACGACGGCCUGCUAUAGGGAGCCCGGUAGCAUUGCACUCUGCCCAGGGACAAUCGCCUCGAAGGACCCUUCAUCGGUCCCAGUCAUCCGGUUCAUCCAUGUCAACCAUCCUAUCCCACACUUCCGUCUCCAUCCCACCACAAUCACGCCGCUGGUCAUUACAAUCACAUGCAGCGGAUUCAUUGGCAAGCUCUCCGCAGUCUGCAUUCCGGACAUCGUCGAUCUUUGAUCGCGUUGAACGUGGUGCUGAAUUCUCUCAAGCUACCAGCCCGGACAGUACAGUGUUCUCCUCCCCUGUCAUGGGAGCAAGGAACUUCAAGGCUUUUGAUAUGCCAUUCCAACCAAUAAGUGACAUUGAUAAUCAUGAUUCUCAAGACGAUCUCGCAUCAUUUGACGAUGAUCUCUACCACGGCCAAGACUUUUCCAACACCGGUAACAACGUUUCUAGAGAGCCUGCCAUUCCAGAAGAGUCCGAGCCAUCUCCGCAAGGACCUUACUUCCCAUUAUCUACACGUCGAGAAUCUUUAAAGAACGCCGAGGAUGAUUUCUUCAGCAUGCAGGCACAAACCUCAUCACUUCGCAGGUCCACAUCCCAUGAUAGCCUGCUCUCCGUCUCUGUAGCGGGCAUGGACAUCCACACCCCGAACACCCGUCACAUGCGAAUGGGCGACUGGCACCCUGGCAUGCGAAUCCCCCAACGCAUCCUCUCUCCCAGCGUCGAAUUAGUCUCAACACCCCCAGUCAUCUCCGCCCCGGCCAUCAUAGCCAACCGCUCAGCAAGUUCGGGGCAUUCAUCCCAGUCAUUGCUUGCUUCCAUGGCUGUCAGCAAGAAUAACAAGUCAACCGAUGCAUCGUCCAUCACAUCUGCAGACAGCAACAGCACAGCUUCAACCGCAGCAACCGGCCCCCGAAAGGCAACAUUAGGUCGGCGCGUAGGAGGCUGGGUAUUAGGCCGCUGGGGAAUGUCACCCAUUUCAUCCGAUGGCGAAGUUGAUACCCCAGCGCAGGAUCCAUCUAUCGAGUCUACACCAGCACCAACGUCAACCCCAGCACCUCAUACGCAAGCACCGAAAUCCCCCCGACCCAAUGGCCCUCCGCUUCAGAUUCCCAGGCGUGAACCAGAAGGGUCCAAUUAUGGGUCUCCGUCCUCCACCCUCUGCACCUAUCUCCAUUCAUGCUCAAGGCAUAGAUGA